AUGAUGAGCGGCGGCAGGAUGAACGCGGCGGCGAGCGACGACUUCCCGUUCGCGGCAAUGCAGCAGCCGCCCUACGUCGGCUUCGAGCACGCCGGCAUGGUCCAGGCCGGCGGCGGCGGAGGAGGGGGGCAGCGCCACCAGGGCGCCAUGAUGUACGACAACUUCGACUUCGCGGCGGCGGCCGCCGCCUUCGGCCAGUUCCAGGACGCGCCGCACCACCAGAUGCUGGCGCUGCCGCCCAACGGGGGCGGCGCCGGCGGGCUGCUCCCCAUGGCGCCGCCGCCCAUGCCCGGGAUGCAGCUGCAGAUGCCGCCCAUGGGCAUGCACGGCCACGGCGACGUGUACCCGGCGCUCGGGAUGGUGAAGCGCGAGGGCGGCGCCGGCGCCGGCGACGCGGGGAGGAUCGGGCUCAACCUCGGCCGCCGGACCUACUUCUCCCCCGGCGACAUGAUGGCCGUGGACCGUCUCCUCAUGCGGUCCCGCCUGGGCGGCGUGUUCGGGCUCGGGUUCGGCGGCGCGCACCACCAGCCGCCGCGGUGCCAGGCGGAGGGCUGCAAGGCCGACCUCUCCGGCGCCAAGCACUACCACCGGCGCCACAAGGUGUGCGAGUACCACGCCAAGGCGUCCCUCGUCGCCGCGGCCGGCAAGCAGCAGCGCUUCUGCCAGCAAUGCAGCAGGUUCCACGUGCUCACCGAGUUCGACGAGUCGAAGAGGAGCUGCCGGAAGAGGCUGGCCGAGCACAACCGCCGCCGGAGGAAGCCGGCGAGCAGCAGCACGACUGCGACGUCCAAGGACUCGGCGCCGCCUUCCAAGAAACCCAACCCGGGCGCCAUCUCCAGCUCCUACGCCGCCGACAACAACAAUUUGAGCGCCACCAAGUCCAACAUCUCGUCCAACACGAGCGCCAUCAGUUGCCUGCAGCAGCACGACCAGAGCAAGGCCGCGGCGGCGGCGGCGAGGCCCAUGACGCUCACCCUCGGGGAGCCGCCGGAGAAGGACGACCACCACCGGCAGCUCAGCAACGCCAUGCAGCUCCACAACCACCACCAGGAGCAGCAGCACUUCAUCACCUCCCUGCUGCAAGGCAGCAACAACAACAGCAACAUUCUGUCGUGCUCGUCGGUGUGCUCCAGCGGGUUGCCGUCUGCCGGGGCGGCCAACGGCGAGGUCUCCGACCAGAACAACAACAGCAACCAUGGCGCCGGCAACAAUAACAACAAUAACAUGCAUCUCUUUGAGGUGGACUUCAUGUAG